CCUGUAUUGUAUAUAGCGUGAAGCCCGUAUGUAGCCCCUUGCCUCGCACUUUUCAGGCAAUAGUGAAAAUGGCGGCGUUUCGAAAAUCAUUACCUGAGGACUCGACGGGUCGGGUAGAGAUGUGCAGCUUUGGUUUCGGGGACACGAAAUGAGAGUGCAUUUCAUGCGAAAUGCCGUUUUGUAAUUAUAGAAAAAACAGAAGACGCAGCAGGAGUCGUCGCCUUUUCUUUAUCCAAUAUAUUGCGGCAUGUAAUCAAUUCAUUCUCCUCUUCCUAUUAGACCAUAUUGCUCCGACCAAGAAGGCUUUUCUAGCCAUUUCUAGUCUCGUGUUCUGUCCUCCAUUUUAGCGCCAUUAGACAAAGCAGCAUGUAUUUUGUGCCUAAUGACUAUAUUGUUACACUACAUACCGAUGGAAAAUAACAAACAAAAAGUUCGACGUUUAUUGUAGAGCCGCUCUAUGAUCGAACCAGAACGGUGCGACUCUGACACGCCGUUUAAUCUAGGCCUUAGUUGUUUUCUACAUUGCUUAGCGCUCCUUAAUAAUAUUAAAGGCAUUGUUUGAGAAGAAUCUGAAGUUACACAAUCAAAGGCCUCAAAGCAGACGCACUAUCUUGAUAUGUUCCGGGGAAAAGUGGUCUAACUUAAUUUAAAGUAGAGAAGGAGCGGGGAGUCCUUGUAUGAUGAACUUUAUCUAGCUGCGAAGGAGAGUAGACUGACUCUAGAAUUACAAAGAUACUUCAAAACAAGGUUUGAUGCUGUUUCACAUGAUUAACCAUGAACAAGAAUGGAAAAUCAAGAAAAAGCUAUAAAAGUUUUAUUUAAACUUUAGACUGUUAGUCGCUUCCAUCCCAUUUUUUGCAUUGGAAUGUAAACAAGACUACUUUGCAAGGAGACCCCGCAUAGCUCGACACGGAAGAAAUUGAGUUCUGCAAACAAUAUUUCAUUGCGCCGAUAUGAUGAGCAGUGUGUUCUAUCAUGUGCUAGGUCUAAAGGAUCGCUUAGGAAGAAGCUACUGACAUUAUGGUCGUUUUCUUGAGUUUUUUAACAAUCCUUUUCACUGCUAUUUUGGCGAAUUCGGCCGCAACAGAUGGAUGUCGUUCUGUAAGGUUCCUCGAAGAAAGCAAAAACAAAACACUGAAAGGUCAUGUUAUUGCUACCAUGACAACAAGUAGCGCUGAGACGUGCGAGAUCAAGUGCCAUAAGAGUCCAGACUGUCAAUCACUGAACUACUCCCCAGUUUCCAAGAUAUGUGAGCUGAACUCUGUCAAUCACGAGACACACGCUGAUGACUUGGAGGACGUUGAUGGCGCAGUCUACCGCGCAGUGAAGAGCGCAUGUUCGGGGGUCACGUGUCCAUUGGCCAACAUGACGUGUCAAACGGGGUUCGGGGGAGAGAAGGCGGCGCGCUGCGUUUGCCCGAGAUGCUACGCAGGAGACAAAUGUGAAAAGGAACUGACCCAGCUUCAGUUUCCCGCCAGCGAAGGCCACAGUCGUCACGUGACAUUUCCUAUGCGAAGAAACCUGACAGCUUUGACGGUCUUCCUCUGGAUUCAGAACGUGCAGCGAAAUCUGGCAUUUCAGUCGUUGAUCAGUGUCGCAACGAAAGAUGACUAUAACGCCGUUCUCAUCUAUCUCACCGACUCACCCAGAAUCGUAUUCUCUUCUUAUGACAGUUUCGUUACUUAUGAUUUCAAUCUUUAUGACGGAGAGUGGCACCACAUCAUCUUCACAUGGGAAAACAGCGAGGGCGAGUAUCAGAUCUAUAUUGACGGUAACAAGAUCAAAUCCAACAAAAAUAAAAAAGUUGGGUAUGCUAUCAAACAAGGCAUUCUGUCUCUCGGACAGGAGCAAGACAGUUACGGCGGAAAUGGAGGCUUUGACAAGAAUCAAUGCUAUCGAGGGAACAUAACCGGCGUUAAUAUAUGGGACCAGGUCCUGCCUGAUGAUGAUAUAUUAGCCCUAGCGAAUAAGUGCCCUUCCGGUGUAGGGAACGUCGUCAGCUGGGAUGCCUUGGUGUCACUAGCGGAGGAUGAUCUGAAGGGGUGCCCGCAAGAGUGUGGCCGAGGAUAGAAAACAACGACGUUACAGGAGGGGUCAGAGACCUCAAAGAGGUCAUAUUUUGCAGUUUUUGAAAAGCAUAAGUUUUAAGACCGCUUGUAUGAAACGUUUUUCUUAGAACGUUUCAUACAGCACAUUAAAAACACGUAGAAAAUACGCCAACUCUGAAAAUCGUUAAAACUUGUGACUUGUUGUAACAAAGCGCCCCAUUUAGAACACUAGUGUAUGUAUACGUGGUAUGAGGUCAAUGGUGCAAUAAAGUUAGUUAAAUAAAGGUGUAUUGAAUUGUA